CUGCCCCGAACCCGGGCGGCGGCGCUUCCUGCUGCUGGGCGAAGCCGGAGAGGGCGGCGGCUGCUGCGACUUGACAAGGCGCUGCCGGCCUCGAACCCGCGACCCGCAGGCGGCCUCGACUCGCCGCUGCCAUGGACAGCCAGGGCCGCCGCGUGGUGGUUUGUGACAACGGCACCGGGGUGAGCGUGCAAGCGCUGGCGGAAAGAGUGUGCCAGGGAGCUGGGCGUGGCGGGUGGGCGCGGCGGGGCAUCGUCACCGCCUGUGCCAAGGGGCUAACGUGUGGAUGUGCGAAUGCGUGUGUGUAACACGUCCGAGUGUCCCAGGGUUGCCUCCGAGAGCGCCCGACAAUCGGGGCUUUGUUCCGAUUUAGCCAGCUCCCUUUAUCUGCCGGGGAUGAGCUCGCCGCAACUCCCGGGGAGACCUCGGGCAGCAUCAAGGUUUUGACCCACAAUAUUGGGGCUUGCCUCCCUUGCGAGGUUGUUGCAACCAUGUAGCCGUUCGUGCAGAUUUGGAAAGCGCUCGAGAUUAUGAAAUGAAAGAGCAAGAGCGCCUCUGGGGACGUGCAGAGCGCCCUGGAGACAUCGCUGUCGAACCCCAGAAGGGCAUUCGUUUUUGAGUUUUGUAGGGCCCACCACCUCGUCGCAAAAUAGUGAGUAUGGUCAUCCCCAAAUACAUCUGGAAAGAUGAAGCUGGUGGCCUUCCAGGGAAAGAGUGUAGCUUCUAGGCAGGGUGUUGUUGAACUACAGCUCCCAGCAUGGCUGACCUUUGGCCAUGCAGGUAGGGGCUUCACAUUUAACCAGUGUACUCCUUGGGGGAUAAAGGACUGGAUUAGCUCAGCCAGAUCAAUUAGGGACCUGGAUUUCACCCUGGAGUCUGUGAUCCUCAUUCUGUGACUGUGACAUAAUGACCUAUUGUGUGAAAGCAGAAUGUGAAGAUCUCUAACCCCUUAAGCCAGGAGUUUAAUGUGGCCCUGUAAACUUCUGUGUCCGGCCCUCAGGCCUCUCCCCAGGCCACACCCCUCGCGGGCCUUGAUUGAGUGCUUUUUCUGGUUUGAAUGAACUUUGAUAAUGACUCUUGCCUGUCUGAAUGAAGGACAGAAAGGAGUGUGUGUUAAAAACCAGCCUAUUGUUGAAAGGUAAAAUUUACCAUUUGUUGGUCUGCUUACUUUUGUCUCCCCAGCCUAUUGUAGAAAGGUAAAAUUUAUCAUUUGUUGGUCUGCUUACUUUUGUCUCUGGCUUGGGAUCCCCACCCCCCAAAUCAAAGGUUACCCAUUGUGGCCCUUGUCUUGGUGACAACUAUCAUUUGCUCCUCCAAACACAAAUCUUUUGUUGUUGCUGCGAUUUUUAUAAUUCAGUUUAAAUUUAAGUGCAGGCCAUACAUUCAAGCUCUGAGCUGCCAGUUGUUGAGAAAGGAGUAGUCUAGAAGAGGAAGGUCGGCAUCCAUCUGUCUUGGGGGACAGUGGAGGAGUGUGCCUUCAGAGAUGGAGUCAAACCAUUGGAGAGUUACAGCGCCUGCUGUGGCUGUAGAGACUGACAGGGGAGAGACAUGUUUUGUUGCAGCUGGGGCAGACGAAGACAUGCGGUUGUGCUGCUGCAGAUGCCCCAGGGCGUUUCUUCUCUCUGCUCUCCUCCCAGCAGUCAUUCCUCCUCUGGUCACUGCUGUGGAUGUAUGGCUUGACCGUAUGUCUCCAGCACUGCGGUCAUCUUGCAAGGGAUUCCCACAUGGCGAGAUUGAUGUUGCCAGCCUUCAUGCCACAUUUGCAGACAUCUUUGUAAUUCAGAGCUGGUCUGCCAACGGGCCUGGUGCCUGAAGCCAGCUCCCCAUAGGAGAUCCUGCCAUCUUUCAUUCUGUCGACAUGACCAAGACAGUGUAGACCACAAACUAAUACAGAAAUUAGGCCUAAUGGCGGGAAUGGGGGUUAGAUACACAGGAAAUUCAUUGGGGAACUGCACAGCUGUGGGAAAGUCCACAUAGAUACCCUUCUCCAAAUUUGUUUGUAAGUCUUUUAGGGCUUUAAAAAAAAUAAAAACAGUUUGGAGAUCAGAGCUGUAGAGCCUUAGGCUAAGGGAUCCAGCUGUGGAGGGUGUAAUUCAGCCUCUAGCAACCUGCGACUGCCAGAUGUUCCAACUAUACAACUUCCAUCAGCCCCAGCUAAAGGUGGUUGCAAUGUUUUAAGACUAGAUACUCCUGUGAGUUAGUUCCCUUGGUUAGAACAUGGUGCUGACAAUACCAAGGUUGUGGGUUCGAUUCCCGUGUAUUCCAGCAUUGCAGGGGGUUAGACUAGAUGACACUAGUCCCUUCCGACUCUACAAUUCUAUGAUUUCCAAACAUUUCAGGGGGAUGAUCGUGCUAGAAAUGGUCUACCCAAGGUGCUGUUGAACCUGGAAACUGCUGUCCAAGGGGGAACAUAGGAAGCUGCCAUGUCCUGAGUCAGGCCCCUGGUCCAUCUAGUUCAAUACUGCCCGCACUGAAUGGCAGCAGCUCUCCAGGGUUUCAAGCAAGGGACAUUUCCUACCUGGAGAUGCCAGGGAUUGAGCCUUUCACACGCAAAACCUGGUGCUCUUACCACAGAGCUUUGGUCUUCCUCAGCUAUAUUUUCAAAAAUUUUAAGCUGCAUAUUUCACAAGUGUUGUUACAUGGCAAGGCCACUAAAUAAUUGACUUAGUGGGUGUGGGAUAAUGCUGUGAACACCCAGGUAAGGACGGUGACUCCAGGUCUCUCCAUCCACGGUUUUAAUCAGUUUCCAGCAUGUCAUGACACCCAUAUGCAUACAUAGGAAACGGACUGGUCUGUCUUUCUCGGUGUUCACUGCACUGACUGGCAGUGACACUCCAGAGUUUACCUGUAGAUGCUGGGGAUUGAAUUUUGGACUGCAGGUGUUUUGUACUUUGAGCUUAGUAAGCAGCUGCUCUACCUUGGUAAAGGUAAAAAGGGACCCCUGACCAUGAGGUCCAGUCGUGACCGACUCUGGGGUUGCGGCGCUCAUCUCGCUUUAUUGGCCGAGGGAGCCGGCAUACAGCUUCUGAGUCAUGUGGCCAGCAUGACUAAGCCGCUUCUGGCGAACCAGAGCAGCGCAUGGAAACGCCGUUUACCUUCCCACCGGAGCGGUACCUAUUUAUCUACUAGCACUUUGACGUGCUUUCGAACUGCUAGGUUGGCAGCAGCAGGGACUGAGCAACGGGAGCUCACCCUGUUGUGGGGAUUCGAACCGCCAACCUUCUGAUUGGCAAGCCCUGGGCUCUGUGGUUUAGACCACAGCGCCACCCGCGUCCCACUCUACCUCUGAGCUUCCACCAAACAGAAAGCAAGAUUCCAGUGCUUGAGUUUCUAAUGAAGAGCGGAUUUAAAUAACCCUGAAAUCCCUGGGAGAAAAGGCCGGUCUCUGGCUGAUUUAGCCCCUUUCUCUUGGGCCGUUCCACGUGCUGCAGUCUUGCUGCUGGCAACACCCGACUGACCUGUAGAUCUCUCUGUCUUGCCUUGUGCCUGUGGGAUUUCAUACAUGCAGAUUUACCGGGAAGAUUAAGCAUAAAUUAAGAUUAACCGGCAUGGAUAACACAGCAGACAGUUCAAUGGGCAAGAUUCUUAGGCUUCUGGGAAAUCUUCUGAAAGUUACAUGCCAACUGGCCUGCAGGGCCAGAGACAAAAGUGGGCCUUUUGUGCUGUCGACUAGUUUCUACGCUAGUUUCAGUGACACUUUCCAGGCAGGAAAAACACUCGUGAAGCAGGGCCAGUGAUGGAUGUGGCCUACAGAGAGUUCUGAGGGCCAGAUAGCGAGACAUGGAGGGCCACAUUUGGUGCUUUGACAUGACAUAUAAGCAGCCCUGGGUUGAGGUCCGCAGUAUAUUAAUGUUCUCUUGAGGAGGCUAUAUAAGGUUUUUGGAAAGCAAUGCAUCCUUUGAGAAGUGUGUGUGUGUGCACACAUGGCAGGUUCUUUGGGGAGCGUGCUGGGAAGGUGUGCGCACUUGCGCACGCACUGAGCUUUUCCAGCAAUCUGGAAAAAGUUGCCUCUCAACGCAGCUUUAUCGGUGAUUUGCAGCAAAGCCCUGUGGGUAACAAAGCCACCCCCACAUGUCCUCUCAGCUUUCCAUUGCUUUUUUGUUCCCAAACCCACUUCAUUCCCCCGCCUGCUGAACAUAACUCAAAAGAAACUGGCUGGGAGAUCAGUGUGCAGGGAGCCUACUUAUUCCAUGAUCUGGCAGUUUUUAAUUUCUAAACGGAAAAUAAGAGAGAAAGAGAGGGGGAGGGGAAGUGCUUAUAAACGUAGCGAGCUCUGCUUUAUAUUGAGUCAGGCUAUUGAUCCAUGUAGCUCAGUAUUGUCAACACUGACUGGCAGCAGCUCUCUAGGCAGCGGUGUCCCACAGCCCUAUGUGGAGAUGCCAAGGGGAAUUGAACCUGGGAAAAACAGGGGGUCUUGUCAAUGAGCUACGGGCCUUCCCCUAAGAGUAAGAUUCCAGUCCUCAUGGUUUUGAAUAACAGGCUGAUUUAGAUAGGAAAAUAGAAUCAUAGAACUGUUGAAGCGGACACAAGGGUCAGUGCAGCAGGAAUCUCUUGCCCAACAAGGGGCUCGAAUCCAUGUUUUAAUAAGAUUAAAAGUCUCAUAAGAAGCUGCUGCCUUGUACAGAAUCAGACCAUUGGUCUACCUAGUUCAGUGCUGUCUAUGCAGAGUAGCAGUGUCUCUACAGGCUUCCAGGUGUAGAAACUUCCCCAGCCCUAUAUGGUGAUGCUGGGGGUCGGACCUGUAAUGCUCUGGAUGAGGGCUAUGCUCUGUGGGAGGGUUGGCCUCCACCCUCUGACAAAGCCUUCUGCUUCUGUGUUGAAUUUCUGGUUGAGAAAUUUCAGCAGCCAAACCAUUAGUUGCAUAAAGGUUAAUAUAGAAACAGGAAUUUAGGAAGCUGCCCUAUACUGAGUCAUUCCCUCAUUCCAUCUGGUUCAGUUUUGCCUACAGCAGGAGUUGCUUCUUGGACAAGUGAGCACAUUUCAAAUUUUGGAGGGAGAGCAGGGGGCGCCUGUCACAAAAUGGCUUCCGCGGAGGGGGCAUGGCAUAGCACAAAAUGGCUGCCACGGGAAGUGUGGCAAAACGCAAAAUUAGAAAGGCAGCCACCUCCAACAACCUUAUGCUUACCAGCAGGGAAGUAAACUGUGUCCUGCUGGCACUGAUUGUGGAGAUAGCGCAAUAUUGAUUUUUUACACACAGACACAGUUGCUGUCUAAGAGCAAUGGGGGCAUUCCUCAGUAGCAGGGGAAAUAUAGAAGGUGGCUACACCACACCCUGAUUUCACGGAAAUAACUUAGAAGGCACCUGCACAUUUUGUCCCAUGACUUCCUAGGAGGGCUAGAUACUUACUUUAAAAAUAAAAAUGGAAGCUCAGAAUCUGGGGGACCUGCCCAGGGGCACCAGUGAAAGCUUUUGUGAGUGUCACUGUGCCCAUGGGUGCCAGGUUGGCAGCCCCUGAUCUACAGUGACUGGAAGUAGAUCUCUGGGGUUUCAUGCAGGGGGCUCUUCCAGCCCUAUGUGGAGACUGAACCUGAGGCUUUCUGCCUGCAAAAGAAGUGCUCUUUUGCUCAGCUGCGGCCCUUCCCCGCUCGUUUUUGUUGCCUGCAUGGAUUCAGGAGAACUGCCAUGGCAGCCAGAGGUAGUAGCCCUUGGUAGCAAAGUUCAGCAGGAGAAAGAGGCCUCCAUGCUCCCGCCCUUCGUUUUGGGCCUGCAGAUUUCUGGAGCUCUCGGUGUGCAAGCAACUUCCUCCUCGGUUGCCUGUUUGUUCUGCCGUGAGUCAUAUUCGGCCAUUUCAUUUCCUGCCUCUCCACUUCCCCCUUUGCAGUUUGGUUUCCUCAGUCUAGUCUGAGGGCACAUUUCCCAGCCCAGAACCAGAGGCCUUUAGCAGGCAAGCAGAGCAGCUUCUCAGGCUGGCCUUUUCUCGCACACACAUACCCCCGCCCCCUUUUAAACCAGGGGUUGGCCACCUUUGGAGGCCAGUGGGCACAACUGGGAUUUUGAGAAAGUACUAUGGGCGCCUUGCAAAAACAGCUGCUGCGGAGCGUGUUGCAUAACACAAGCACAUUGGAAGGGGGGGGGGGGAGAGAGAAAGACCACUUUGCUGUUACAGCAGAUGAAUCUGAAGGGGUGUCCACCCUAGAACAUUGUCUAGUCCUGUUGCAUCUGAUGGGUUUCACUUGGUAAUUCUCGAGGACAUGGACAAGGUGCAUAAAAUAUCUGAAGCACUGUUACAAGAAAGAUGGAGCAAUCUGGUUUCCUGCUGCUCUAGACAGUAGGACUCAAAGCAGUGGGUUUAAAUUACCAGAAAGGAGAUUCUGACUAAACAUUAGGGAGAACUUUCUGAUGGGAAGAGCUGUUUAAGAGUGGAAUGGGCUACCUCAGAAGGUAGUGGACUCUGUUUCAUUACAGGUUUUUAAGCAGAGGGAUGGCCAUCUGUCAAGGAUUCUUUUUCAGACAUUCCUGGAUUGCCCUACAGUUCUCUGAUUCGAUGACUGUUGGCCAUGCUGGCUAGGACUGAUGCAUAUCUCCAAAAAUCAUAUAAACUUGCCCUGUUCCAUUAAAGAUUUCCCUUCGGGAAGUUCUUUGGAUUGUGAUCCUUUUGCUAGUUGCGUGGGAAAUGGGCUUGGUGCCGUGUCAGUUUUGCCAAUAACUUUGGAUGAAUAUGAAGCUUGGUAGCUUUCAGGUUAGAUUACUGCAAUGCAUAGCGUAUGAGACUGUGUUUUAAAGGGUGCUCAGAAAAUGCAGUUACUUCAAACCCCCGCUGUUAGGCUAUGAAAAACGCAAAAAUUAUCAAGGGAAUGGAGCAAUGUCCCUGUGAGUUGGGGUGUGUGUGUGAACAACACUUUAAAAAUAAAGGGCUAAAAGGAAAAAUGCAUUCUGGAGUGUAGUGUGUAGAAAACUGAUAGAGAUAAGUUUUGCUCCAUCUCUGAUAAUCCUAGAACUCGGAGGCAGCAGAAGUAUUGGCAACGCAGAGAGGCAGAAUAGUGGAACCGCAAAGUCCCCAGUUUGAAAAUUGUGGUUGCUGCUCAUUUGCAUCAUAAGCCAGCCUUAAGGAAGCCGCCUUUGCACUCCCAAAUACAUUACGGUGAUGGUAAUACUACUGACCUCCCUCCCAAGGUUGUUGUAAGAAUGAACUUAAAUAAUAAUGCCCACAAAGGAGUCCUAUAGAACCAACCCUUUUCCUACAUCCCUGGCUCCCCUACCCACUGUGUCAUUCUUCCAUGCUUGAAUUACUCUCAACCAUUGUUUUUUUCUCCCCCCCCCCCCCCCCCGUUUUCCCUGCAGUUUGUAAAAUGUGGCUUUGCUGGGUCAAACUUCCCGGAGCACAUCUUCCCAGCUCUGGUGGGCCGCCCUAUCAUCCGCUCCACCGCCAAAGUUGGCAACAUUGAGAUCAAGGUGAGUAGCGUCUGUGGGCCUCAGAUCUCAGUGUGUGUGAUGAGGCCAGUCAAAUGCGGUUGGGGGUGGAGGGCUGUUUUUUAUUCUGUAAUGGAUAAGGUGGGGAACCAAUGGCCCUCGGCCUAAUUUCAUGUGGCCCUCAGCAUUUCAGAUGUUAGGGACCCACUCUUGCUCUCUAGGCUUCUGCUCUAGGUAUUGCUUCCUCUUCUGUUUCAUGUGUUUGCAAGAGGUAGAGAAACAGCUGUGCAAGAACUUGCCUUAUUAAAUAUCUCCCAGGACAACAACAUACACACACAAGGAACUCAUAAGUCACUUACUCUCAGCAAGUAGAAAUAUCAUAACUGGAAGGACCUAUCAGGAGUGAACAUAGACCACUGGUACCAAAAAAUAAUGGGAAAGUUACUAGAAAAGUUAACCAACAAACUCAAACUAGCACAAGGACAAGGACCUCAGUGUGGUUCCCCUUUAUUACAUACGCAACACUAUCCCCUCCAACUGCAUACAAAUCAAUACGGCUCACCUGACCCAACAACCUAGCCUUCCUCCCUCACACAAAUGAACCACACCGCAAUCAACUAAACACAACCAACCAAGCUUGGGAACCCCUAACCUCUCACAAUAUCAAUAUAAAUAAAUAAAUAAAUAAAUAAAUAAAUAAAUACACAAAUGUGAUGCUGACACAACUCCCCCUAUACUAAGAACAGGCAAUAGAAUGAAAGAACAAUUUCCCCAGUCCAUCUCCCCCUCCCUUUGCCCCCAACUGCAAGAUGUCGAUGACAAAAAUGUUUUGCACCAAACGUAAACGAUCUUGUGAAAAAGACUUAAGAAUUGAAAGUCAAGACAAUAGAUGUAACGUUCCCUGUUUAUCUGUUUGCUUUGUAACACAAAACCCCCCCAAUAAAAACUAUUUUUUAAAAAGAGAGAAAAAAAGAAACAGCUGAGCAAUUGCAGAGUGCUUAGAAAGCCUGCAGGCCCUCCAUUGGAAAAAAUGUUCCCCAGCCCUGCCAUAAAGUUACUGAGAGGCCCUGGAAGCUUCAAAUAUAGAAUUUUUAGCACUCCUGAGAGUGUGUGUAACUACAGUUACUACAACUGGCGGAAGUGGCAUAUAACUCACCCACUGCAAGAACAGUAUUGGAGUUAAAGUCACCCUGAGGGUUUGUAUGCUUGUUUAUAUGGUCCAACAAUCUAACUCCACACUGUUAGUUGGAGUUUGAUACCUGUUUGUGUGAAGGGAGCCCAAGUUUUGGCCAUGAUCUGAAGGCUGAUUAUGCUCUGUGAUGACAUGGCAUGGGGGCUCAUGUAUUGCACACGCAGGUGUAUAGCUGUAGCCCAGCAGCAUAACUAUUUAUUUAUUUAUUUAUUUAACUUUAUAUGCCACUUGAUUGUAAAAAGCAGCAAAAUCAAGAAAAGCAGCAAAAUCAAGAAAAAAUGACAAGCAUACUUAAAAACAUACAAAACAAAAAACAUACAAAACACUAAAACAGAUUAACAUACUUAACAUACAAAACAUACAAAACACUAAAACAUACAAAAACAUACAAAACACUAAAAUAGAUUAAGAUUACCUCAGCUUUCUAGGUGUCUGGGUAGGCCUGACUAAACAAAAACGUCUUUAGCAGGUCUGAAAAGAGUACAUGGAAGGUUCCUGCUUCCUCUCAAUAGGCAGGGAAUUCCCAAGUUGCAGGCGCUGCCACGUCAAACGAUCGAGUUCUUACAAAUGCGGAUAUUAUGUGUCACCUGUGGCAGGGCCAAUUCCGCCAAUUGGCGCGGUCGAGUGGGCACAUGGGGGCAGGGUAAGGUGAUCUCAUAGGUGAGCUGGCCCCAAGUUGUUAGAAUUGAAUUUUGUUUCUCUUUCCCGUGCCAGGACCUCAUGGUGGGAGAUGAAGCCAGCGAGUUGCGCUCUAUGCUGGAGGUGAACUACCCCAUGGAGAACGGGAUCGUGCGCAACUGGGAUGACAUGAAGUACUUGUGGGACUACACCUUUGGGCCCGAGAAGCUCAAUGUCGACCCCCGCAACUGCAAGAUCCUGCUUACCGAGCCCCCCAUGAACCCCACCAAGAACCGGGAGAAGAUCAUUGAGGUAGGUGGGAUGUUAUUAGCAGAGGAGCUUUGGAGAAGCCGGGGUCCCAGAGCAGGGGGUGAGAAACGAAUUCAUCAAACCGUCCCUGCAAGAUGUGAGGCUGGAUCAGUGUGAUGGGAUCUGUUGUGGCAGGAGCGAGAUAGGCCGCAGAGUUUUGUAAGCUCCUUGAGGCAGGGUCCUGGGUCCUCUUGUAUACUUUAUAAUAAUAUAAAAAAUAAGGAAACCUGGGGAGAGGUUGGGUAACUUGUGUUCUGUAAGUGGGGCUGGUCUUGGCGGCUAUUGAAAUACAGUGGUACCUCAGGUUAAGUACUUAAUUCGUUCCGGAGAUCCGUACUUAACCUGAAACUGUUCUUAACCUGAAGCACCACUUUAGCUAAUGGGGCCUCCCGCUGCCGCCGUGCCGCCACCGCACGAUUUCUGUUCUCAUCCUGAAGCAAAGUUCUUAACCUGAGGUACUAUUUCUGGGUUAGCGGAGUCUGUAACCUGAAGCGUCUGUAACCUGAAGCGUACGUAACCCGAGGUACCACUGUACGGACUUGGGAAUAGCCAGGAAUUCUAGGGGUGGCUGAGACUUGUAGAACGAAUGCUCAUUGCCCAUUUCCCCUUGCAACACAGGUGAUGUUUGAGACUUACCAGUUUGAAGGAGUCUAUAUCGCUAUCCAGGCAGUGCUGACCCUCUACGCCCAAGGUAAGUCGGAGGCUGGGGUGUGUGAUGGGAGAGGCCAGGAGUUAAGCAGUGGUAUGGUAUUAAUGCACGUUAAAUCUUUUGGAAGACCCACAUGUUUUAUUGUUUAAGGGAGACAUUGUAUUAAUUCCCAAUCUGUGUCCUGUUAAUCAUAAAAGGGACGCGGGUGGCGCUGUGGUCUAAACCACAGAGCCUCUUGGGCUUGCCUAUCAGAAGGUCGGCAAUUCAAAUCCCCACGACGGAGUGAGCUCCCGUUGCUCUAUCUCAGCUCCUGCCAACUUAGCAGUUGGAAAGCACACCAGUGCAAGUAAAUAAAUAGGUAGCACUGCGGCCGGAAGGUAAAUGGUAUUUCUGUGCGCUCUGGCACUCGUCACAGUGUUCUGUUGCUCUAGAACAUGGGUAGGCAAACUAAGGCUCGGGGCCCAGAUCCGGCCCAAUCGCCUUCUCAAUCCGGCCCGCGGAUGUUCCGGGAAUUAGCGUGUUUUUACAUGAAUAGAAUGUGCUUUUAUUUAAAAUGCAUCUCUGGGUUAUUUGUGGGGCAUAGGAAUUUUUUUUUGGAGGGGGGGAAUGAACAAAUUCCUAUGCCCCACAAAUAACCCAGAGAUGCAUUUUUAAUAAAAUGACAUAUUCUACUCAUGUAAAAACACGCUGAUUCCCAGACUGUCCACGGGCUGGAUUUAGAAAGUGAUUGGGCCAGAUCCGGCCCCUGGGCCUUAGUUUGCCUACCCAUGAUCUAAAUCAAUGUUGUCUGCAAUGGACAUCAGCUCUCUGGGUGUUUCAGGUAGGAGACUGGGAGAGAUGUCAUUGGGGAUUGAAUCUGGGCGUUAUACAUGAACAGCCUGCACACUACCACUGAACUAUGACAUUUAAUUUAAUGAAAGUAUGGGCUGGCAUGUUGAUGAUGAUGUUGUGUGGACCCCAUGUAAAACUGCAUACAAAGGCUGCUGAGAUUGCAAUAUAAGCCCCUAGCAAGAAGCACUUUUAGAAGUGAAAAUUUGUCUCACUCAUUCACCUGGUUGGUAUCAGUUCCCGUUGGUAUCCAGCUUCCUUUGAAAAGUCUGCACUGAGUGUACUUUCCCUCCCCAUAACAGUUUGUAACUGGUGAUUUUAUUCAUGACCACAAUGUUCCAGAUCCUUUUCUUCUGUCGAUCUGUUGUUGGCUUGCAAGCUGUUUUCAAAGGUUUUGUUAGCAGAGUUCGCGCUGCAGUUAGCAAAUGCUGCCAACUCUUCAAAUAAAAGAAAUUCUGGUAUCUGGGCAGGCCCAGGGGAGGAGGCUGCUGGGGUUCCCCCCACCCCCAUGUCAGAGUGUGAAGCCUGGCUAGUUAGGGCAUUAGACAAGAUUGUUGUGUAUAUAUAAAAAAAUAGAUAUAACAGAUUUAAAGUCAAAUUGUUUGCUGCUAUAUAGGAAAUUAAUGUAUACAUAUUUAUAUAUUUUUUCAAGCAAACAUUUAAACAUUUAAAGCUGAGAUUUUAGAGAUAAUUAGUAAUAUAUUUAUCUAGGGAAAAAUGAUGUUUAACAUAUUAAUAUACGUAUAUUUAAAGAUAAAUUGUAAUACCAAGAGUCUGUAUUGCCAUUCAGUGCAAAGAGACUGCGGAACGAAAUGGUUUUAUAGAGCUGGGUGUGUCUUGAUUGGCUGGCAAGGUCAGCUGGCUUGUCUUCAGGCCAGUACAUAUUUCGAUUUCUGCUUAGACCUUUGUUUAACAGACACACACACACACACACACACACACACACACACACCCGGUUCAAUUCUUGCCUCUUCCAUGAACUCCAAAGGUGGCCUUAGGCAAUCUAAAAUUAUCUCAGCUUUGGCCUUCUCUCUGAAGCUUGGGGAUAAUACAGUGGUACCUCGGGUUACAUACGCUUCAGGUUACAUAUGCUUCAGGUUACAGACUCCGCUAACCCAGAAAUAGAGCUUCAGGUUAAGAACUUUGCUUCAGGAUAAGAACAGAAAUUGUGCUCCGGCAGCGCAGUGGCAGCAGAAGGCCCCAUUAGCUAAAGUGGUGCUUCAGGUUAAGAACAGUUUCAGGUUAAGAACGGACCUCCGGAACGAAUUAAGUACUUAACCCGAGGUACCACUGUAAUUCUCCUUGAUGGCCACCUUGCAGGGUUGUUGUAAAAAUUAGAUACACACACACACACUGUGUGAAGAGGUUUGUACACUUUGAAAAUGCUACUGAAACAGUCUGUUGCCUUAAUUAAUAUGAAAACCUUUUUUUCAGGCCUUCUCACAGGCGUGGUGGUCGACUCUGGGGACGGUGUCACCCACAUCUGCCCAGUCUACGAGGGCUUCUCCUUGCCCCACCUCACCCGUCGGCUGGACAUAGCGGGGCGUGACAUCACACGCUACCUCAUCAAGGUGAGGGCUGCAGAGGCCGUCGCUGGCUUUCUUCCCCUAGGUGUGGGGAUGCCACAUAGGGCAUCAAAGAAAUGAGUGAGCAGGAUCUGCUGAAACCCUUUCGUGAAGCUGGAGCACCUGUGUAUCAGCAAGUAGGGAGCGCCUGUAUCAAAAUACUGCUGUGUAACCUCACCUCCUAACAGGAGGUGCUCCUGUUCAGAAUAUCAGCCCUCCAGGAUUCCCCCACCGGCGUACUAAUAUAAGCUAGGCCAUUUCACACAAACACACCACCCAUCAUGUUCCAUUUGUAGCCAGUACUUAACAUUCCACAGCUACAGACAUGCUCAGUCCUCCUCCUGUUGUUUUUGAGGAUAUAUUUCAAAAACCUGCUUCCCCCUUGGGCCCUUGUAGGGGGGUUGGACUAGAUCAGAGCUUUCUAAACCGUGUCAUGCCACGUGUGUCGGCUGCAGUCUGUAGGUGUUUUGCGUGAACACUCCCAGCACUCUGCUUGUGGCUGGAAAGGGGUUUGUUUAACCUCCGGUUUGCUAGUAAAACGGAAUUACUGUGUCACAAAAAGAUGCACAUCUAAAAAGUGCGUCGCCAACAUGGAAAGUUUGGAAAACUAGAGGAUCCUCAUAGUUCCAACUCUUCAAUUCUAUAUGAUGCCAAUUUUGUUGGCACUCACUACUAUGAGUAUGCUAUUGGCGGGAGCUGUACUGCUCUGCUGCCUCUCUGUGUGGAGGUUUUAUAUUUCUAGCUAUCCUAUGUACUAAUAGUGAACACAGUUCUCCAAAAGUGUGGAUCUUUGUUUAUCUUCCCUUUUCCAUUUCCCCCCAUUUUUCUUUUGCAACUGGCAUUUUGUGGCUAUUGAGCAUGCCCAAAUCUCACUGGGCUGGGUGGGGUGUUGUUGGUUUUUUUGGCCAGGGGUGGGGAGGUGCAUUGCCUCCUUAGUUUUACUCCCCCACCUUUCACACUGGCCUAGUUUUGUUUCUAUUUCUCCUAACUUGACUAAUUUAACUAUAAUGGAGUGUGUUACGAAUUGACAGUGUCAGAGACCAUUAUUUCCUAAGUACAGAAACUUUUGCCUUCUUGUUAUCAACACUUUCCUUCUUGAACACCUUCCUUGCUGGAAAAAGAUAGGUUUAGAAUUGUGUGUUUGUUACACAGAGGCUGUGCCUAUACUUUUCAGGGGUGUGUGUAUGUGCCUCCACCAUCUCUCAAGAAGGCAAGUAAAUACGCCCCAUUUAUUUAUUUAGUUUCUAGGAAUGUGAGGUGGGCGGAGUGCUUCAGGGGUGAGUGUGUGCGCGCUUAAGAAUCCUUGACAGAAGUUUUUCAGCACCUUCGCCAUGAAAUAUUCCCAGGAUGCUUUGCAAGGGGUGGGUGGAAGCCAUUAGCAAUGACAGCUGAUACAAUGCAACUGAUGGUUUUCUGCUUUGACAGCUCUUGUUGCUGCGUGGAUAUGCCUUUAACCACUCGGCUGACUUUGAGACGGUCAGGAUGAUGAAGGAGAAGCUGUGCUACGUCGGCUACAACAUUGAGCAGGAGCAAAAGCUAGCUCAAGAGACGACCGUGCUCGUGGAGUCCUAUACGGUAAUUAUUAGCUGAGUUAUUAAUUACUGUUGGCGGGAUUUCUUGCCUGUCCUUCACCAUAAGAGCCCUAGGAUGAGUUACAAGAAUGUUAACUGUAUAAAAUAUUGCAACCAGUUUAAAUGAGUUAGAAGGAUAGGAUUGGUCCUAAAGCAUAUAUAUAACUUGGUUGUCAAAGCCCAGAGCAUCUCAAUGCAUCUCAGCAUGCUACAAAAACUGUAGAACGAGUGUGUCUGACCCAUCUCUGUUCAGGAGAGAAUUCCACAGUUUAAGGGCUGCCCCAGGGGAUGUCCCGAGCCAUGCCACCCCCUGCUCUGAAAUUGAUAAAUAUAAAUUUAUCUAUUUAAAAUUUCUAUACAGUGGUACUUUGGUUCUCAAACUUAAUCUGUUCUGGAAGUCCGUUUGACUUCCAAAGCGUUGUAAAAACAAGGCACGCAGUAAUGCAAAAUGGAUUAAUCCGUUCCAGGCUUUUGAAAACAACUCCUAAAACAACAAUUUAAUAUGAAUUAACAGUCACACAAUCAAUCUAUCAAUCAAUCAAUCAAUCAAUCAAUCAAUCAGUAAGUAGCUGAGCUAGGUUCCAUACAGUCACAAUAACAAAUUAACCAAAAAAGCCGCAAAAACAAAAGCACAAAAUAAGUAGCAAAAAUAAAAGCGGCAAAGAUAAGCUCCAAAUAUCACCUCCAUGUUGCGUGGGUGCUCGGGACUCACCAGCUGACAGACCUCAACGUAUCACUCAAAACAGAAGUGUGGCACUCAGAACGGAGCAUGUUCGGCUUCCGAAAAAUGUUCACAAACUGGAACGCUUACUUCCAGGUUUGUGGCGUUUGAGUUCCGAUUUGUUUGACAACUAAGCUGUUCAAAAACCAAGGUACCACUGUAGUUAAAAAGUAUUUCUAAACCACUUAAUGUUCUAAGAUCUCUAAGCGGCAUAUAAAAUUUACAGUAUAAAACCCAGUCAAAACAGUAUUACAAAAGCAGGAAUUCAGGAAUCACAAAGUGCAAUCUUAGGAAUCAGGGAAAGCCCAGGCUAAAGGAUGUGUUUUUACAGGAAGCUUGUUCAUGUAACCAGGGGUGGGAAAUGCCCCUUCUCAAGUCACUGCCCUGUUGUCCAUGAGGAAAAUUUCCCCAGAUGAUUUCAGUGACCUUACAGGUCGAAUGAAUGGAACGAGGAGCAGAGAAAGGGGAAGAUCAUGUUUGCAAAGUGAUUGUGGCAGGGGCCGUAAAUUAGAUCAGGAGUGGAAGUGGGGGCGAAUGUGGCUUUUCAGGCUCCUCCAUCUGGUCCUGAAGAUUCUUCCCUCCAUGAAUGUUUUUGCCUGGCUGGAAUGUGUCUUUGGUCUCUGCUCAUGCCUCUUUCUUCCCCUGGCUGGAAGGCAGAGGAGGGGGACAUGCCCCACAGCCUACUAGUGUCACCCUUUCUUGUUUCGCCCCUACAGCUUCCGGAUGGACGGGUGAUCAAAGUCGGGGGCGAGCGCUUUGAGGCCCCUGAGGCCCUGUUCCAGCCCCAUCUCAUCAACGUGGAAGGAGUUGGUGUGGCUGAGCUCCUCUUCAACACCAUCCAGGCAGCGGAUAUCGACACCCGGUGAGGGGGGCGUUGCCCAGGAGGAUGUGGGGGGCAUCUCUAGAGGUUAACGUGGGACAGACUUUAGGAAUAUGUUUCUGAAUUGACCCGAAUGUGGGUGAUGGGGCUUGUCAGCCUGGGAAGGUAGCCCAUCUAAGAGAAGGAAAACUCUGAUCCUAAGCCUCCACUCUCUUGAGGGACCUCUUCUGGUCCCUCAGUGUGGUGUAGUGGUUAAGAGCGGUGGACUCGUAAUCUGGUGAACCGGGUUUGCUUCCCUGCUCCUCCACAUGCAGCUGCUGGGUGACCUUGGGCUAGUCACAGUUCUCUGAAGUCUCUCAGCCCCACUCACCUCACAGAGUGUUUGUUGUGGGGGAGGAAGGGAAAGGAGAAUGUUAGCUGCUUUGAGACUCCUUAGGGUAGUGAUAAAGCCGGAUAUCAAAUCCAAACUCCUCUUCUUCUUCUUCUGGAGAAGAAAAGGCUAAAGAGUAAAUCCUACACAAAUCCAGAGUGGAGUCCCUGAGACAGUCGGAUGGCGCCUUGUAUGCCUCCUUCCGGCAACUCCCGCAGCCAGGCUGGGGCCAAACAUCUUGCUCUACUUCCUUUGGACCACAUCAGAGAGGCUGAGAAGGGGGCCUUGUUGCCUGGACAGCCCAGGACCUCCAUACACACUGCCCAAGCUUUGUGCCCCGGGGAGGUCACUGUGGUGCUGCUAAUGCAGUGGUUUGACUUCAUCCCCGGAGGCGCACUCCGUUGUCUCGAGACAGACAGCUGCCAACAACAACUUCUCCUGAUGUUCAGACUGUACAUGUCGUUGCAUGUGGUAGACAAAACAGUCCCAUGCAUGCACUUGGGGGGAGGUAUCUGUUUGGGAAAAUCCUAAGAAAUUCAGAAGUACAAAGGGCGGGGGGACCCUUUUGGACAAAGGCCUUAAAGGUGUGGGUGGGAGAACUCCUAAUAGCCCCGUGAAGGACUUAAGCAUGUUUAGUAGGGACAGAAUACUGACUGAUUGUAUGGUGGGAAAGGAUAUGGGCGGCUAACUGCAACCUUGAACAGGAAUUUGAGUCAUUUGGCAAAGAAAACAGGGAGGGGGGAAGGAAUAGAAUCUCCUGAGAAAGGGCAUGGCUGUAAAUUGGUCUCAGUGAAGAGGAGCACUCUGCACUGCAACAUUUUGCUGCAGGUCCCCACUUGUUCUCUCUACGACAGAUGGGCAGAGGCGGCUUUCCUCAAUCACCAGCUUGCUCUAGUGAGAAAUUUCAGUGGGGACCCGGCCGGCUGUGACUGUCUCUUUCUCCCCUCUUCCUAGAUAUAAAAGCAUUACGGUUCUCCUCUACCCCCCCCCCCCUUUUAUAUUAUCAUAGGGCUGAGUUUUACAAACACAUUGUGCUUUCUGGGGGUUCCACCAUGUACCCAGGACUGCCUUCCCGCCUGGAGCGUGAGAUCAAACAGCUGUACCUGGAACGGGUGCUGAAGGGGGAUGUGGAAAAGUUAUCGGUGAGUUGGGGGGUUGUUUGGGGGGGUGCUGUAAUGGGGCAUGGAGCUGCUGCCCCCUAGUGGCCUCUCUGAGGGGAGGAGGGAUCUAGUCAAACUGGGGAGAGACACAACAGUGAGUGGAGGUGACAGGUUCCUUGCUGUUUGCUUUCUUUUAAACCCCCCCUUUUUUUCCUCUCUCUCUUCCAGAAAUUCAAGAUUCGCAUUGAGGACCCUCCCCGCCGGAAGCACAUGGUCUUCUUGGGAGGGGCAGUGCUCGCAGACAUCAUGAAAGACAAGGAUACCUUUUGGCUGCAACGGUCUGAAUAUCUCGAGAAGGGGGUCCGCAUCUUGGAGAAGUUGGGGGUGACUGUGCGAUAGGACCCCCCCUCUUUCCAUUUCCCUUGCCCUGAUGCAUUCCAGCCCAAUUUCUUAUUCUGUUGAGCCACCACUGUGCAGGAUGUGGGUGGGUCAGUGAAAUAAUCUUUUUUUAAACAAAUACCGUUUGGGGAAAAUAGGAGAAGCAUUCCAAGCAUCUAGUUAUUGUCUUCCUUGCUUUCCCAAGUUCAUUGUCCUCAUGGAGCUUACAGGAGCAAGCCCCAUCACACAGGAAAGAGCUUCUCCCCACCCACACUGGGGUGGGGGACGCACAUGUUUAGGGGCCAAAGGUCAGUAUUCUCCACCUCUUGCAAGUUUCACACUCCACAUUAUCUCCUGUGCAGCACAUGCUGCAAAUGUUUGCUCAGGGAAAUCCAUCCAUUCCCAUCCUCCCUUCUUUCGCUUUAAUGGAAAGGAAGCAAGUGUCCAGACCUCAUGGCUGUGAGAUCAUAUGCUUAAGCAUGGGAUCAGGGAGAGUUUGGCAGGGUGGGGGCGGCAGCACUUGACUGCUGGCCUAAGUCUUCGCUUUCCCUCUGCUCCCUGCAAACAUCUCACAUCUCAUUCCUUUCCCAUGCUGUCGUCUUCCCUCAAGUGUAGCUGAACUGCACAGCUUUGGCUUCAUUACCAAGCCAGAGAAUAAUUAUAAGGAGAAAUCUAUUUUACUUGUGUAUUCUGAGUUUUCUAAAGACUACUCUUUCAAGUGGCUACGAUUUUAGGAUUGUGUAAGGGCGGUGACACCCCCCCUCUCUCUCUCACACACACACACACACCAGUUGUAGGCUUCAGUGAUGGAACAUGCACACCACAAUUGUUUCUGACUUGUUUCCAGGUUCAGCAACACUCCUUUCAUUGGUGAGGGUAGAUCAAGCGAGGGCAGGGGGGCAGAGACAGCAAUAGAUCAAUAUUUAAUAUGGUGCCAUGAGGGUGCUGGGUAAGGGUCUCCCAUUGCUGGCCUGCAAAGCAGCUUUGCUGUUUGCUGGUUGAGCUAGCAUCCUCUAAUACAGGCAUGGCCAAACUUGGCCCGCCUGCUGUUUUGGGACUACAACUCCCAUCAUCCCUAUCUAACAGGACCAGUGGUCAGGGAUUAUGGGAAUUGUAGUCUCAAAACAGCUGGAGGGCCAAGUUUGGCCAUGCCUGCUCUAAUACAUUGGUGCACUGGAUCCUUCUUUCUUCUCUGGGGCCCCAACAUCACACCACCCAUUUUCCUUUCCCCAUACGAGUUGAAAUCAAAACUGCUGGCAAAGACCCCGCACUUUGCAGGCGCCAAUCAGCUGGUUGCCGGAGUCUGCAAGGUGCUGUGUAUGCUUGGCUCACUGCCAGCAUCAAUCAGAUGACUGUUGCUGCUGACAGCAAGCUCCGCUUGCAAAGGGACAAUUGAGAGCUCCCCUUAAGAAAUUCACUUGUUUUGGUUUUUUAAAAUUCCAUGGGCUUUGGGGCGGGGAAGGAGCUCCUGUACAGUUUAUGGCCUUCGUGCUCCUAUGGAAGGCAUAGUUGCUCCACCAAAUUUGGGGAAGGAGGGAGGGGAGUGAAAUAAAGGAAGCUGCCAAUUUUAUCCCAAAGUAUUAUUCCCCAUCACUGCCAUAUUCUGCCCUUCUCUUUCUCCUCAGGCAGUCCCAAAUAUUUGUUUCCUAAAAGUGGGGUAGGAGGCGAUGAAGAGACAACCUGGUUCACUUGAGGUUGGGACCCCCUGUUGUAGUUAUAGGACAACUAAAACUUGCUUGCCAGCUUAUAAAUGCCCAGGCAGUUGGGCAUUAUCUGCCUGUUCCCUGCCCCCAACCAGAAAGGUCUCCUCUCUCUCUUUGCCAGGAGGAGACAGUGUGUUCCCCCCACUUUGCACACUCAUAGAAUCAUAGAAUAGUAGAGUUGGAAGGGAACCCUGGGGUCAUCUAGUCCAACUCCCUGCAAUGCAGGAAUCUCAGCUAAAGCAUCCCUGACAGAUGGCCACCUAACCUCUGCUUAAAAACCUCCGAGGAAGGAAAGUCCACCACCUCCCGAGGGUGUCCGUUCCACUGUCAAAACAGCUCUUAUUGUCAGAAAUUUCCUCCUGAUCUUGAGUCGGAAUCUUCUUCCUUGUAACUUGAAGCCAUUGGUUCGAGUCCUACACUCCAGAGCAGGAGAAGACAAGAUUGUUUUUGGUGUGAGGAUGAAUGGAUGGGUCCACUCCAUACUGGCCCCCUCCCCAAUUUUGUUCUUUGUAUCAACUUCAGGAGAAGGUGCAAGAAGUCACCUUCCUAAUUCUUUUGGUAUUUUGUUUUGGUAUUAUUAUUUUUUGGGGGAGGGAGGAAUAAGCUUGAUUUUUUUAAAAAACGGAUCUGCUUUUCAAAACUAUCCAUGUCUCUGGUUUUCUGUUUAGCAACAAGAACAAUCAGCUAAAUACCUGGUGGUGGCAACUGGGGGCAUGAGAUGGUGUUGGGGCACCAGGGAGUGAAGGACCACUGAUGCUUAUCUCAGCACUGGGGAGGGAGCAAAGUAGCAAGAGGGGCUGGGGGCAAAAGCGGGCAGAACAACAACAAAAACACACACACAUCCUGCCACAGUUUCAUGUUUUUUAAUAAAUUUAAGAACAGCCCCGUUCAAACCCUGUUCUGUCCCUCCCCUCCCCCCCACCCCUCCCCAAAGUGGCAACAGCAAAAAAACAGAACUAGGGCUAGGAGUCAUAAUCCUCCUCGUCUUCCUGGGCUGGCGCAAGCGGCGCAGGUGGGGGCGCAACUGGCACCGUCCCCAUUGGUGCAGCGACAGGCAGAGGUAUUGCGGGAACCGGCGGGGAAGUGAAAUGUAGAUACGGUGUUGGAGCACUGCAGGGGGAGAAAAAGGGGGUCGGAUUAGUGUGCAGGCCAAGGCACUUUUUCUAUAGAUUGGGGGUGGUGAAGAUCUUUUCCAGGCCUGGGGUGUGUGCCUGUGGCCCUCCAGGCGCUGUUGGACUACAACUCCCAGCACUCACAACCAUUUGCCAUGCUUGUUAGGACUGAGUCGGGAGCCCAGGAAUAUCUGGAAGGCUGCAAGUCGUCCCUGUCCCCUCUAGGCUCAGAAACAGAUCAGGGUUUCUUUGGUGAGGAGAACAAAUAACAGCAGCCUAGACUUUAAGCCAAGGCUGGUGCCAGGAUUGAAAGGGGCCAUAGCAAAGUGGCAUCCGGUCCCUGCCCCCAAAACACACAGACGUCAACAGUUUUGAGGCAGCCGACAACAGCACUUGAAUCCCAGCUUGACGGCUAAAAGGGCAGAGCUCCCAACCACAAUUCCUGACACACUGCUGGCCAAAUGCAAUAAGCAGGAGCACACUGAAAAUAUUACGUGGAGAGAUGUGUGGCAGGUCGCACAGGAGGAGGGGCGAUGUGGGACACUUCCUCCUCCCCGUUGCUCUCGCUGUCUUCAGAGUCGUCCUGCACAGGCCGGAGAAAAAAAGGGUCACCACGGAACGAUGCUAUGCUCUUGAUGCCAGCCUAUCAUUUACUCGGAGCAGCCAAGCUAGUUGGAUCCUGCAGCCACAUCUUUUGCCCUUCUAGGCAGGCAGCUGAAAUGUGUUUCCUGGGCUGCUUCCAGCCCAGCAGACCCGAUUCACACUGCUGUGCAGGGACAGUGCACUGAACACAACAGGAGCGGGGAACCUGAGACUUGUGGGCCAAGCGUGGCCCCCCUAAGCCUCUCCAUCCAGCCCUCAGGACCCUCCCCCCCGGCCACACCCGGACGCCUCUUGCUUGCUUGGAAGGAGGGGAGAGGGGUUUGUAUGUGCGCAGGCAAACUAGCCUACUGUACAAAGGGAAGAUUCACCUCCAUUGCUGGAUGUGGCCCCAGGGAGGCUGCCUAGAAAGGAAUGCGGCCCUUAGGCUGAAAAAAGGCUCCCCACUCCUGGGAUACAACCAACAUCACUGCCUCAGCCCACUGCUUGGAGGCUGGACAGUCUAAAACAACAUAAGAAAAGAGGGUGGAAUAUUGAGGAAUAAACUGUGUAUGUCCGAUGAAGUUGGGCUGGAAUCGGGGCAUGGCAUUGUGGGGCACUUGCCAAGGCCUCACUGCCCACCCACUGAGCCCCCUGGCUAUGCUCAGCUCGCUCCUUGCGGUUGUGGCCUGCUCAGCUGCCCAUCCCAAGUGUGAGUGAGCAGGGAGGCCUCAGCACAACAGUCCCUGCCUGCCUGCCUUGCUGCCGCCUCCUGGGCAGUGCGGCCUGGCAGGCCCAGAAGGGAAGCAUACGGGCCGUGAGCACAGUGGCAAGCGGGGGGAGGCCACAACUUCACCCCCCUGUGAAGAAUCACCGCUGAGAUGAGGCAAGGGUGGCUCCAAAAAAGUUAACCAUCUAUAGAUAGCAGAAAGGGAAGGGGCCGAAGCAAGAGGGUGGUUUUUCCAAGCAAAACCACCAGGGGGAAGGAAGAUGAACAGCAGCCGCUUUGGGUUUCUGUUCACACAAACAGAAACCGAAAGUGGGUCAAGAGACUGUACAUGGGCAUCCACCAAGGGGGAUGACGAUACAGUUGAUCCCCCUCCCUGGAUGACCUGCUUCGUCCUCUCUGUGGCUUACUCCACCCGGAAAAAUUCCUGCGGGCGCCCAUACGGCCCGCAUUUUUCUAUGGUUGUUCAGGAUUUCAUUUAAAGGAGGGAGGGAGGCGGGAUGAGAAAAGAAAGAGAAAGGAGGAGGAAAAACAGGGUCAGAUGAUUAAUUAACUUUUUAAAAAGUGUUUCUGGACUGCAAUUAGAAGAGGGUUUCAGUUUCUGAAGACACUCAAAACCACGCCAGCCCACCUCUUGCUCCGAGUCUGUGCCCGACUGCUUCGGAUCCCGUCCUUUGCCUGGGCCGCCGUUCUUUCGCCCAGUGCCAGGUUUCCGGCCCCUGAACCAGAGAGGAAAAGAAAGUGGAGACAGGUGUGCGGAAGAGGCCUCCAGGUUAGGCUAUGCAAUGCGUUGUCAUGGGGCUGCCCCUGAAUACCAUUUGGAAACCGGGGCUCAAUUGCUGGCUUUGACCUUUACCGCCUUGCAAAGCUCAGGACCCCUAUCUCUAAAGGCUGCCUUCCACUAUAUAAACCUCCUGAACCCUGAGAUCAUGUCCCCCAUUGCCCUUCUCUGCAUCCCACCUUUGAAGGAGUUCCAGAGAGUGGCGAGAAGAGAAAGGGGCCUUUUCUGUGGUAGCUCCGCACCUCUAGCAAGCUCUCCCCAAGGAGGUCUGCCUGGCACCAACCUUGCCAGGCCAAGACAUUUUUGUUUUCCUGGUCAUUUGGGCAGCACCAAUGAUGGGAUGUGUUGUUGUUUCUUGCUUUGACUACAUUUUGAAUAUAAUGAUGCAUUUUUAUUCAUUACUGC